AUGUUUCUAGCACUUUCUAUCGUGUGUGACAGCUACUUCGUUCCUUCUCUGGAAGUGCUAUGCGACUUUAUGCACCUUCAGACAGACGUUGCUGGUGCUACCUUCAUGGCAGCUGGCAGCUCCGCACCUGAGCUGGCUACAGCCGUUAUUGGAGUAUUUGUUGCCAAGGAUGAUGUUGGACUAAGCACAGUUGUUGGCUCAGCCAUUUACAAUGUCAUGUUUGUCAUCAGUGUGUGUGGCUUCGCUGCUAAAACAGUUGUUCAGCUUAACUGGUGGCCUUUGAUCAGAGACUGCUUAGCAUACCUAAUCAGCAUUGCAGCUUUAAUUUUUGUCAUAGCAGAUGAAGAGAUUACCUGGUAUGAAGCUGUGAUAUUUCUGGUGCUGUAUAUCUUGUACAUAGUGUUUAUGUUCUUCAACCAACCAUUGGAGAGAUUUUUAGUGCCAAAAUUCAGGUGUUGCCCAAAGGAGGCUUGUUCUGUGCCGGAUCAAGUGGUUGUUCACUAUGAGAAAAUGGCAAAUGGUGACGUUGCAGACGGUUAUUUAACUAAGUUAAAUAUAAUGCUUUAUGAUUUUGUCAUUUGUUUCGUGACUAUUUUUCCUACAGAAAUUCACAAACCAAUUCCAGAGGAGUCCAUAUGGCACAGACCUCGAGGGUGCUGGGCCUGUGUCUUGUGGCUAGUGUCAUUCCCGUUGUCUUUCGUUUUAUACAUCUCUGUACCUGACUGCAGAAGACAGAGACUGAGAAAGUGGUUUUGGAUCACCUUUACCAUGUCUUUAGUUUGGUUAUCUGUCUUUUCAUUUCUGAUGGUGUGGAUGAUUACUAUUAUUGGUUUCACAGUCAAUAUACCUGAUAGUGUCAUGAGCCUAACUUUUGUUGCAUUUGGAGUCAGCUUGCCUGAUGUUGUUGCUAGUGUUUUGGUGAUUAAGGAUGGCCUUGGUGAUAUGGCUGUGUCAAACGCGGUUGGAAGUAAUGUUUUUGACAUUCUUGUCUGCUUGGGUAUUCCCUGGUUCCUACAGACAUGCAUAAUGAAACCUGGCAGUGUUAUACAAGUUUACAGUGAAGGUCUGCUAUACUCAUCCAUCACACUGCUGUCAACUGUGGCACUGCUGAUUCUCUGCAUUCACUUUAACAAAUGGACCUUGGACAAGCGCAUCAGUGUAGUGUUCAUGAUCAUUUAUAUAGCAUAUACUGUUCUAGCUUCUCUUUAUGAACUGAAUAUAUUUGGCUACUUCCACCCAGUCGAAUGUGAGAGUCGCUACUGA